GGCCGACGCUGGCGGACUUGGCCUGGGAGCAGCGAUUUGGUACUUCCAUCCCCUCAAGAACAUAUUCAAAAUGGUACGUCGCGAUACGCGUAUGCGCGCGAGACGCUCGCGGGCCGAUCGAAGGUUGCGCGCGAGUCUGUGGAGAGGGAAGGGUGGCGGAUUUGGUUGGACGAGAGGAGUGCCGUCGUACGAGCGAGCAUAGCUUGGUUUGCGCACCAGUUGUGACGAGGCCUUCGCUCGUUCAGUGAUGGGGAGAGAGACGAUGGAGGACGGCUGGAGGACAGACUGGACGCGCGCGCAACCUCGAAGACCAAAGUGAAACCAAAGUCAAGUUUUGAGUAGUCACUCACAUCCAGGCCGACGCUAAGACCGCCGUCAACCCGAUGAAGGAGCUCCGCAUCGAGAAGCUCGUCAUCAACAUCUCGGUCGGCGAGUCCGGUGACCGUCUCACCCGUGCCGCCAAGGUGCUGGAGCAGCUCACUGGUCAGACCCCUGUGACCUCGAAGGCGCGCUACACCGUCCGCUCGUUCUCCAUCCGUCGUAACGAGAAGAUCGCUGUGCACGUCACCAUCCGUGGCCCCAAGGCCGAGGAGGUCCUUGAGCGCGCCCUCAAGGUCAAGGAGUACGAGCUCCGUCGCCGUAACUUCUCCGAGACCGGCAACUUUGGCUUCGGUAUCGACGAGCACAUCGACCUCGGCAUCAAGUACGACCCCGGAAUCGGUAUCUUCGGCAUGGACUUCUACGUCAUCAUGGGCCGCCCCGGCAUGCGCGUUGCUCGCCGCAAGUCCAAGGGCGGCCGCGUCGGCGCCACCCACAAGGUCAAGCCCGACCAGACCGUCGCCUGGUUCAAGCAGCGCUUCGACGGCAUUGUUGCCCGCUAAGCGUAGCAUGGCAUGGGGAGCGGGAUGUAUCAUUUCAUUGGCCUAUCAUGACGAUCUGUGCGCACGGGGCUGUGGAGGACAGGUGUGAGACGUAGGUGCCGCACGACCAGCCCUGCUGCCCCGUCUGGCCUGCCCUUGUGGCAAUGAUCUCCCUCCCCAGCUGCCUUCGGCUGCUAGCUACUUGUUUGGUGGUAGUGGUUGGAAGUGGCUGGGUGGGGGAGGUUGGCCUGGGGGUGGCUGGGUUAGGUCGGUGGCAGCGGGGAGGGCCAAACGCCUGAUGAGGCCAGCGCCGAGUCGAGGCUGCACACGAGCUGGCGUGCGAGUGCGGAGGGGCGUUUGGCGAGAUUGUCAGAGGAGGCACUAACAAGAUGGACUGACGGGUGCUAUGGUGAGGCUUGGCAGAUCUCCAUCGCUGGAUUUAACCCAGCCGAGCGAUCGAGCGAGCGCCGUAGGUACGGCUGGGGCGCCUAGGCUCCUUGUUC